CUUUGGUGGCUGCCUGCCUUCAGUCUGCAGCCAAGCAUGUCGCAUGGUGGAGGUGUUGGCGGGGUCUUUGCCGCCGCAGCGCUUAAGGACUUGGGGGAGAAGCCAGCGGCUAGCGUGGCCAGCAGCACAGCGUUGGCUAUCCGAAACUCCACGAUUAUAGCACAUCGCUUGAGCAUUUAUUUGCCGCAGCUGCUGCUGCCAUCGAGGGAUCCACAGAAGCUCAUCACCGAAAUCAACUGCAGCGUGGCACAGUUCCGUGAGCUGUUGAUCUUCAUUGGACAGUCGCGUGACUCGCCGGAGUUGCGCGAGAAGAUACGAAAACUCAGACGCAGCUGCCUGGAUGCCUGCAAGCACACGGCCCAUUUGAUUACCCCACAGCCACGUCACUGUCUGGGCAGUCCCAGCGAGCGCAUGCACCUCACAUUGCUCUACAAUCUCUCUCAGUUGUUCCAUCACGAGCUGGUCAAGAGUCAUCGUUUGAUACAGUUGGUGCCGCUCGAUAUGACCGAAUAUUAUGCUCCCUCGCGCACUGCACCCUCGAAUCUGGGCAAUGUCAUUAGUCAAAUUUUGUUGUGCAAGCAAAUCAAUCCGGACUUUCAGCAGGAGGAACUCUGCAGCAUUGCCAAGGACUCGCAGGAGCUGAGCGAGCUUCUGGAUGAGCUGCAGGCGCACAUGCCACUGCAGGAGGCAACGCCUGAGGUGGAGUACGUGCAGACCAAGAAAUCUGGCACUAGUUUGGUGUCCCUCAACACACCCAUUUGGUAUGCGCGCCAGCGUCGCCGCAGCUGCAAGAGUCGCAGUCGCAGCCUCUGCUGUUGCCUCAACUCAUCACAUGGCAAAAGUUAUUAAGCGGAAAUGAUAACUUACAGUGCAAAAAACAGUCCCCAAGAUAAGAUUCUAGCAGAUAGAAGGCCAAAGUUCUUGGAAUAGUCCCUCCAGCGAGUAGCGAGUAAUCUGAGCGAGUAAUCUAGAUACAAAAAGUGUAAUUACGAGGCAGUGGUAGUGAUAAAAACUUACUUCCCAGAAACGUUAAUAAAGCCAAAGUGGGACACCGCAAAAGUUGCCUCCAAGGCACAAUAACAAACGAUUAAGAGUGUCAACCGAUUAAUGAUCAAAACCAGAAAUACUUACAAAACGAGAGUGGAGUGGAGGUGAGACACAUAAUGAUGAAAUCUGAAAGCUGCUGCGACAAAGGGCGAUAAAUUUUGAGCGUGAAAUCAGGCUAAAUCCCCCCAAAACCCUUUAUAGCGUUUGUCAUAUAUUUUUCGCGUUAAUCCGCUGAGUGUCAGAUUGUUUGCUGUGGAACUUAGCGGCACCCCCAGCAGCUGGUUUGAUUAUAUUUGUGGCUUACAGUUCACUUGGAAGAUGAUGACUUGGCGCCACAAAUGGCACCUGAUUCUCGGCAAGAUGAUAAUGGAUAGAUGCCUGGCAACAGUGGAAGUGUAAACCAAACAAAAGGAGUUUUGUUUUUUAGAUUUUUUCGCAUAGCUUAAGUAUAUUUUCUUUUAAUUUUAAAAAAUAUGCC